UCCGCCCCGGCCGCCAGCGGGCGCAGAGGCGUCUGGAACCCGGACCCGCCCGGGACAGUACUCUGGCCCCGCGGAGCCAGCGGAGCAGGUAACUCCAUGCAUUGGAGACCAUGGAUAAAUAUGACAUGAUUAAGGCCAUUGGGGAAGGUGCCUUUGGGAAAGCAUACCUGGCCAAAGGGAAAUCAGAUAGCAAGCACUGUGUUAUAAAAGAGAUCAAUUUUGAAAAGAUGCCCAUCCAAGAAAAAGAAGCUUCAAAGAAAGAAGUCAUUCUUCUGGCGAAGAUGAAACAUCCCAACAUUGUAACCUUCUUCAGUUCAUUUCAAGAGAACAACAGGCUGUUUAUUGUGAUGGAGUACUGUGAUGGAGGGGAUCUCAUGAAAAGGAUCAAAAGACAACGGGGAGUGUUACUUAGUGAAGAUCAGAUUCUGAGUUGGUUUGUACAGAUUUCUCUAGGACUGAAACAUAUUCAUGACAGGAAGAUCUUACACAGGGACAUAAAAACACAGAACAUUUUUCUUAGCAAGAAUGGAAUGGUUGCAAAGCUUGGGGACUUUGGUAUUGCAAGAGUCCUGAACAAUACCAUGGAACUUGCUAGAACUUGUGUUGGAACGCCUUACUACUUGUCCCCAGAGAUCUGUCAGAAUAAACCCUACAACAAUAAAACGGAUAUUUGGUCUCUUGGCUGCGUCUUAUAUGAGCUCUGCACACUCAGACAUCCUUUUGAGGGUAACAACUUACACCAGCUGGUUCUGAAGAUUUGUCAAGCUCAUGUUCCUCCAAUACCUCCACGGUUUUCCCAUGACCUACAGUCCUUAAUAUACCAGCUCUUUGAAGUAUCUCCCCGAGAUCGACCAUCCAUUAGUUCCAUUUUGAAAAGGCCCUUUUUAGAGAACCUUAUCGCCAAAUACUUGACUCCCGAGGUCAUUCAGGAAGAAUUCAAUCACACCCUCAGACAUAAAGCAAGAUCGUCUGCUUCUCGACCUGCUGGGAAGGUGGUCCCAGAUUUUAAAAUACAGAAAGUGAGAUUCCAGGGAAAGUGCCUGCCAAGAUCAAGGAUAUCAGUGCCAUUUAAAAGGAAGGACAUAUUAUAUAGAAAUGAAUGGAGACCGCCAGCUGGAGCCCAGAAGCCCACAUCUAUAAAAAUGUUAGAAGGACCCAAACUUGCUGCAGUGUGUGGACAUUAUGAUCAUUAUUAUGCUCAACUUAACUUGUUGAGGAAGAGAGCCAAUGGACAAAAUUACCACUAUGUUCCUCAAAAAGAUACCAGAGUUGAGGAGAAUUAUAAUCAGGAAGAAAGCCACAGUCCAUCUCCAGGUCAAUGGCUUGCUGAAUACCUUCAGAGGAAAUGUGAAGCUCAACAACAUAAGCUGAAAGUGGAAAAGCAAUUGGGUAUUCGUCCAUCUUCCGCUGAGCCAAAUCACAAUCAGAGACAAAAGCUAAGAAGUAAUGGGGAAGAGCCUGGAUUCCAGGAGCUGCAGUUCCAGAGAAAUGAAAGGAAGGAACAGGAAUACUGGAAGCAACUAGAAGAAAUACGCCAACAGUACCACAAUGAUGUGAAAGAAAUUAGAAAGAAGAUGGAGUGUGAACUGGAGGAAGACUCAACAAUAAGUCAUAAAACGUAUUUGGUGAAGAAGAGUGACCUGCUCAUCCACCAAGAGGCACCUGAGGAGGAAGCACCUGUGCAGGAUAUUGAAAGAGACUUGAAACAAACUGGACUUCAGAACACAAAGGAAAGUAAAAUUCCAGAACAAAAACAUAAAGCUAAGAGAGGGGUAAAGUUUGAAAUUAAUUUAGACAAAUGUAUUUCUGAUGGAGACACCCUCCAAGAGGAAGAGGCAAUGGAUAUACUGAGUGAAACUUUGACCUUUGAGGACGGCAUUAAGUUUAAGGAAUAUAAAUGUAUAAAGGAGCAUGAAGAUUAUACAGACAAAGCAUUUGAAGAACUCUGUUGCCUGGAAGCAGAUGCUGCCGCUGCAGAGGACAGGAGACAGUGGGAUGCUGGGCCUCCUCAGACUCUGCUACAGAUGAUGGCCGCGGCCGACGUCACCUCCACCGGCUCCACUGCGCCUGAGGACGGCCGAGUGAUUGUGAUUGAAGGCAUUCCAGAAAACAGGAAACAGUGGAGGCUUGAAACACCGGGAACUUUAAUGAGGGUUUUGACAGCAGCACAUCUAGCAAGUAGCUCAUCUUCUGCCAACGAUGGAGAAUUUGCUCCAGUUGCCCUGCUGGAAAAUGAGGGACCGUGUGGAACAGAGAGACAAGCCAUCCCAAGUGGAGCCAUGCUAGACCAGCCAACCUCCAGGUGGCCAGUGGGACCAUUAAAACAAUGGCUUCCUAAAGAAGAUGAGGGGAAGGUAGAAGUGGCCUCUGACAUCGAAGUAGAUGAAGAACAAGCAGAACCAAGAUCUGAUGAUGAUGAUACAAAUUUUGAAGAAUCUGAAGAUGAGUUGAGAAAUGAAGUAGUAGAAUCCCUGGAAAAACUCUCUACUUCCAAAGAGGCAGAAAAAAGGGAAGAGGUUUCCAGUUCCUCUAACGAUGGAAAAGAAAGAGAGGGGAUAGGCAUACAGAAAUAUGCAGAAUUAAAUGAAGGUUUGGAGAGUAUUUUUACUCCAUCUGAUGACAAAAUUUGUAUUGUUGAUGAAGACCCAGGAACAUCAACCACCAGUCAAAAUAUACAAAUGUGAUUAUUGAACUUUUUCUUAAGUAACAAGUUAGUAUCUAUUACAGCAUCUCUUCGGGAACAGUCAUAAAUAUACAUUUAUUGUAAGGGUUUUCCAGUAAUCCCAAGGCUUUAUUAGUUUUCUUCUCAAUUUAGACAACAGGACUAACUUCUGAAUAUAGAAAUUAAUAUUUUUACGCUAAGAAAUCUUUCAGAUAAUAUAUGUGGUUGGCAGAGUUAUGUGGCUCCCCUCACCCCACAUGCACCCAAAGAUGUGAAUAUAUUUUUACCUGGCAGAGGGGAAUUAAGGUUGCAGAUGGAAUUAAGGUUGCUAAUCAGCUGACCUUAAAAUAGGGAGGUUAUCUUGGAUUAUUCAGGUGGGCUCAACGUAAGCACAAGAGUCUUUGAAAGUGGAGGAGGGAGGGAAAGGAGAGAACCAGAGAGGUGGCAGCUGAGAGGGAUUCAGCUUGAUGCUGCUGCCUUUGAAGAUGGAGGAAGGGGCCACAAGCCAAGGAAUGCAGGCAGCCUCUAGAAGCUGGGAAAGGCAGGGAAACGGAUUCACCCCUAAGGCCUGCAGAAGGAAUGCAGCUCUGCCAACGCCUUGGUUUUAGCCUAGUGAAAUCCACUUUAGAUUUCUGACCUAUGGAACUGUAAGAUAAUAAAUUUUUGUUGUUUUAA